CCAAUAGAGGGAGAGAGAGAGGGAGAGUUCUCAGAUAUCUUUUGGCAUUCCCUCCGCCGAGACUGACGGAGAGAGAAUCUGCCCACAGAGAGAGAGAGAGAGAGAGAGAGAGAGAGAGAGAGAUGGCGAACGAAGAUCUGGAGAGCAGAAGAGCUGGGAAAGAUGGACGAAACUACCCUUACGCAGCAGCAAAUACUCCUUACUACUACGAGACCACAGAGAGGAAGUCGACAUCUUGGGCAAUUCCGUCUUUCGUCACUGCCAACAUCGCGGUUUUCAUCGUUACCAUGUAUAUCAAUAACUGCCCAAAUAAUCGGCAGACAAAUGGAGAGUGCGUGGCCAGAUUCCUUGGCAGGUUCUCCUUCCAGCCGCUCCGUCAGAAUCCGCUCUUCGGACCGUCUUCGUCGUCAUUAGAGAAGUUAGGAGCCCUUGAGUGGAACAAAGUGGUCCAUGAGCAUCAAGGAUGGAGGCUUAUAACUGCUAUGUGGUUGCAUGCAGGUGUCAUUCAUCUGCUUGCGAAUAUGUUUAGCUUGGUUUUCAUUGGAAUUCGCCUGGAACAACAAUUUGGUUUUGUGCGGAUUGGCACAAUUUACCUCAUAUCAGGUUUUGGUGGCAGUGUCCUCUCUUCCCUUUUCAUUAGAAACAGUAUUUCUGUUGGUGCAUCUGGUGCCCUGUUUGGACUGCUAGGAGCAAUGCUUUCAGAGCUUCUUACAAACUGGACUAUCUAUUCCAACAAGGCUGCAGCCCUGCUGACUCUCGUGAUUAUUAUUGUCAUCAACUUGGCUGUUGGAAUACUACCUCAUGUUGACAACUUCGCCCAUAUCGGAGGAUUCCUUUCGGGUUUUCUCCUAGGCUUUGUUUUUUUGGUCCGGCCCCAGUUUGGUUGGAUGGAUCGCCACAACCUUCCGCCUGAAGUUCGGGUCAAGUCCAAGUACAAAGCUUACCAGUACAUAUUGUGGUUGACAGCAGUGGUUUUGCUGAUAGUUGGAUAUGCUGUUGGCCUGGUGAUGCUAUUCCGAGGUGAGAAUGGGAAUGACCAUUGCCAUUGGUGCCACUAUCUGAGCUGUGUGCCAACGUCCAGUUGGAGUUGUCGGAAUUGAAAAACAUAAAGAGGAAGAUUUGGAAGAUAGCGAUGUUCUUCUUCUUCUUUCUCGUCAAGGUAAACAAAAAACCCACAUUCAGUUUUAUGAUAUUCAUGUGUACAUAGUUCAAAAUGCCAAACCUUUGCCAUCCACUGGAUGCGGCAGUAAUGUGUGCUAUAUGAUGCAUCCUGGGGGUUUUCUCCCUGUGGUGCAAAUUUGCAGAGAUGUAUUUUUAUUUUAUCAGGCAUUCUUUUAUUUUAAUUUCUAACUGUAUUCCCUA